AUGUCAUAUAUAAGUUUUAAGGUGAUAAUAGAGACUAGAUAUUCACAAGUAGUUCGAAUUUGUGGUAAUCAUCCACUUCUUGGUUAAUGGAAUCCUCAUAAUUCUUAUCUGUUAUCUACUUCAAGUGAAACUUACCCUGAAUGGAGUCAUGAUAGCAAAAUUCAAAUUGAUCCAAGUUAAUAAUCAUAUUGAGUUAAUAGGUUUUAUAUUAGAAUUUAAGUGUCUAAUACAAGAUGGGGAUAAUUAUAUAUGGGAGAAUAUUCCAAAUAGAAUUCACAAAUGUGAUUUUAGGCGUAAUUUUCUGUAUCUAAAAUUUGAUAAUCCCUCAAUGAAUAUUAGAACAUUUUAAAAAUAUGAAAUCUCAAAUGAAUUUGUUCAAGAAGAGCUAAGUAUAUAUAAAUGUUAAUUUAAUUUUAGUGAAAGUUUAAAAAAUGAAUAGAUCAAGAGAUUAUAAUCCAUUUGAGAAUGUUUUAGAUUCAGUAUGAUAAUCUUUAAAUAUUAAGUCUGAUAAUGAAAGUAUUCCAGAAUUAGCAAAAGAAGUAAGAGGUCCCAUAAGUAUUCGUUAAUUAGAAAUUGAUUGGAGAGAGUUAAUAAAAGUAAUACAAUAUUUUAAUACAAUUAGAGUCAUUUUGAAUGUAAACAAAAAUUAAAGUCAAUAUCUAAAUUUAGAAAAAUAUCUGAACAAUAUGGAUAAUCUGAUUUGAUAUUUGAUUACAAAAGGAAACGAUCUUCUUCAACUUAAAUACUCUCAGAUUCUUAUGUAAUUUGUUUGUCAUUGAAGAUACCUAUAAAAAUAACUUUAAUUGAUUAAUUUUAUUAAGUGACAAAUAAAAAGGGUAUAUUGAAUAUAAUUAUAAUCUAGAUAUAACAAAUAAAUAUAAGUUUGAAUUGACAUCAGAUCCUUAUUAUAUAAAUAUGUACAAUCUAUUUAGCAACAAAUUAAGUUUGAAGGCAAUUUGGAUUGGAUGGAUUGGAAUAUAAGUAAUGGAUGAAAAUGAAUAUAUUCUAAUAUAAUAACAUAUGUACGAAUAGUACAAAUGCUUUGGAAUUUAAUUAGAUGAAGAUUUAUUAGGUUGUUUUUCUUAAUUAAUAAGUCCAAUCUUUAAUAAUUUAACUCCAUAGUUAAGAUUACAUUCAGAGGAUGAUUAUAUGGAAAUCAAUAAAAUAUUUGCAAAAUAUGUCUAAGAAGCAUUAAAUUGUACAUUAUUUCAAAAUUAAUUUUGUCAUUUACAUUCUAUUUUCAUAUUUGAUUAUCAUCUAUUUUUGAUUCCAAUCUAUAUAAAGGAAGGAUUAAUAAAAAAAAAUGAAAAUAGACCAAGAAUAUGUAUAAUAAUGAGAAGAUCAUUUCCAAAUCCAAAAUAAUUUAGAAUUUUAUCUUGUAGUGAAACUAUAUUAUCAUCAAUAUUAAUGAGUGAUUUAAUCUCAUUAAUAUAAUUAAAAGAUUUGCAUUAAUUUGUGCAUUGUUUACCUUAAAAAUAUCAAAAAUUAACUUAAGUAUCUGGUGUAAGUGCAUUUACAAUAGAAGUAUUAGGUAGAAAAAUUAUUUUGGAUUAUGGAAGUGUAGGUUUAAAUAUAAGUUAAUUAUAAAAAUUAAUAACAGUAGAUGAAACAAUUUAAGAAGAAUAAUUAACACUUCUUGGAGUUGAUAGUUUAUCAUUAUUAAGUGGUUUAUAAUAGAAAUUCAAAAUAGUAGAGUAGAUGCAUUUAUUAUAGUAAUAGAAGAUUUAAUUAAUUCAAAUCUUAUAUACUAAUAAUGAUGAAGAUUAUUAGAGUAAUAUUUAGAUAUUUAAAUAUUUAGAAGAAAUAAAAACUCUAGCUAAAUAAAUUAAUUAAAAUUGUUAAUAGGAAUUAAUUUAAAUUAAAUUUGAUCUCUCUUAAAGUGAAUUAAUCAAUUUAUAUAAAAAGGCUGAUCUUUUCAUAAAGACAUCUUUAAGGGAAAGCAUAUCUUCUAAUUAUUUAGAAUAUAUAUAUAUUAGAUAAUUUAGAAAGAAGACAGCAAAAUUAGUCUUAAGUUAAUGGUGUUCAUUAAAAGUUGAUCAUAAAAAAAUCAAUCCAAAUAAUACUAUAGAAUCAGCUCAAGCAAUAUUGAAUUACUUAAAUGAUAAAAAACCAACAUUUAUUAAUGUUCCAAAUAGUAAUGAUUGGUUACAUAGAUUGAAUGAUCAUUUAAGUUAUUGUGAAGAUUUUUGGUUUGAUAAAUAAUUAUAUGAUUCAGCAAAAGAAUUAACAAUAGGAUUAAAAGAUAAAAAUUUUUGUUCAAUUGAAACAACGAAUAUAAUUUCUAAAUUUGCUAAUACUAAUUAUUAAGAUAAUUAGAGAAUUAUUAUACUUGCUUAUACUCAAAGAUUUUUAUAGAAAAUCUAAAAAUUAGAUUAAUUAGUCUAAGCAUUAGAAAAAUUAGCAUAAGAUGAGAAUAAUACUCUAAUUAUUGUAUCUGAUUAAGAAUGUGAAGUUUUAGAAUUGAAUUUUGGAUCAAUCAAUAAUUUAUAUAUUAUUGCUUAAGAUGGACUAUUUAUAAAAUAAAAUAAUCAAACUUCUUUUUAAUAAAUUGUAGAGAGAGAUGAUUAAAUAGAAGUAAAAUUAUAAUAAUUAUCAUUUAUGGAACAUUUAAAUUUAAUAGAGAAAAAUUAAAUUUAUACAUUGUCUUUAAAAGAGAAAAUUAAAGAUACAAAUGCUGCUGCAAAUGUUUUCUUUUCUAAUUUAAUUAAAGAAUUAAAGGUAGAAUUUGAUGAUUAUUUGAUAUUAUAAGAGAAUUAUACUUUAUAGAUUAAACAUUAAUAUCAAUAGAUAGAUGAAAUAUUAAAGAUGAUAAUAAUAAAUGAAACAAAUUAAAAGGGAUUGGUGUCAUUUGCAAAUAUUAUUUCAUUUGAUAGAAGAUUAUUAGAAAAGAUUAUGUUUAUAUUUUAAUCUGCCAAUAUGCCAUUAAACAAAGUAUUAUAAAAAUUUAAUUAUAGAAAUUUCAUUGUGUCUCUAUUUCAGAUUAAGUGGAAAAGAAUAGUAAUUUAGUUAUAGAAUCUACAUAAGAAAUAAUAAAAUUGCUGA